AUGGCGGAUGUUGACACCGCUCGUCUCUGCACCCAAAUCGUGCGCUCCAGCUUUGGGCCCAUUACCGCGUCAAUCACUUCUGCCCUCCUCACACAUGGACGGCUUUCUUUUCCCCAGGUACUACGAAUCACAAAAGUCAAGCCGCGUCUCGCUCGCGCCUCAAUUCUUGUCCUCGUACAACAUAAUUUAUUAUGGCAUGCUCAAUCUGACGAAGAAGGCGAGGUGUUUGAAGUCAACGUCGACGAGUGCUUGAUGAGGUUGCGGUACGGGAAAUAUGUCUGGUUGGCGGAUCAACUGUAUGGUAGAUCGGGCGCAGACAUUGUGCAGCUGGUCUUGGACCACGGGAAAUUGCGGCCCCCAGACAUACUGUCACGACUAUCAGUGUACGACCCUUUCAAAGGCCCUCCCCUAUUAUCUCAGACUUUUCACAAGCUGUUAGAGACAGGAUACCUGAAGCCGUCAACCAUGCUAUCACAUCUGUCUCCCCGUGACAAGCGAAUCCGGUACGAGGCAGAGGAGAAGCGCAAAAUCUCUGGUUUCCCGACAGCCAAAGAGAUACGGCAAGCGAAGGAGGUUGCCCAAGCUCGUCUGAAAAGAGAGGAGGAGGAAGCGGAGCAAGGAGGAAUGGUACGUUCACUGGUUUUGCACUUUUUUCGAAUACAGGAUGGUGUCUAUUUUCGCGUCAAUUGUGAGCGGUUUAACGUUCAUAUACGCAACAGACUCUUUGAGUCUACUGCCACCGAGCGAUAUAACCAGUCGGCCGGACUGGUUCUUCGCGCAACGCUUAAGGCGACCGAGUCAAAACAGCGCAAGCUGUCUGAUAUACGAUCUGAUCCAACAUCUUUGGGCAAUAUUUCCAUGCAUCUACCGGAUGACGUUGAUUUGUCAGCUGGCCUCGUAUUACAGUCGUCCAAAACGCCACCUACGAUGACGCUUCUCAAGGAGUACCUUGGGAUCCUUGCGUCCGCCGACAACCCCACAGUCUCAGGUCGUUCUGCUUCAUUCGUCUCGAUGAACGGCUCGAAAGUUCAAGUCGAGUUCGAGAUCAUUGCUCGCAGGCUACGACGACGGGUUCUGGAAGCUGUUGCACGAGAACGGCACGGCGACGAGGGCGUGCGCAUCAUCCGGCUUUUGUUGGACACAGGCAUGAUGGACGAGAAACAGAUAUCCAAAGUUGGCAUGAUGGCUCCAAAGGAUGUCAGACCACUCCUUGCCUUGAUGUCAGCCGAAUGUCUUGUCAGCUUGCAAGAAGUACCCAAGAGUGCGGACCGCAAUCCAACUCGCAUGUUCUAUCUCUGGACCGUUGACCUACAAAAAGCAUACAAUGUACUGCUCGGCAACAUGUACAAAGUUCUCUACAACAUCGCCGCACGAAGGGAAGGCGAGGAGGACGAGCCGGUAUUGAAGUCGGUGCUAGAGAAGAGGCAACGAAGCGAUGUUAGUCAGGACGAGGAGAGGUUGCUGACGCGGAACGAGCGAGAGAUGUUGAUACUAGAGGCGCGGGUAGAAGAGACCGUCUUCAUUCUGCGAGAUCUAGGUACAUUUGCAGUCACUGAAGAGUGA